CGGCCGGCCUGCUCGUACCUGUGCCGCGCUCCCGCCUCUCUGGGCGUGUCAGCGGCGGGGGCCGCGGAGCAGGCCGCUGGGGAGCGGGUGCCGGGGCAGGGGGCGCGCGCGCGCGGCGCGAGGGUCCGAAGAGGGGGGGCAGGGACUCUUUCCCCGGGCGGAGGGAUCGCGCUCGCUCGCGGUGGCUCGGCCGUGGCGGCAGCGGCGUUGGCGGCGGGCUGCUGCUGCUGCCUGCGAGUUGUUGUUCCUCCUCCUCCUCCUCCUCCUCCCGGCCGCGGGUUGAAUGGUGGAGCCGAGACUCUUCCUGCCGAACGAACAGUGACAGCUACCGGGCGGGCGGACGCGUUCGCAGGGCCCCGCCGCCGCCGGGGAGCGCGGCCCGAGCGCGGCUCGCCAUGUCCGGGGACGGCGGCAGGCACAGCGCGGAGCUGCGAGCGGAGCUCUACUUCCUCAUCGCCCGCUUUCUGGAGGACGGACCCUGCCAGCAAGCGGCUCAGGUCCUGAUCCGAGAAGUGGCGGAGAAGGAGCUGCUGCCCAAGCGCACGGACUGGACGGGCAAGGAGCAUCCGCGGAGCUACGAGAACCUGGUGAAGUAUUAUAGACACUUGGCACCUGAUCACUUGCUGCAAAUAUGCCAUCGACUUGGACCACUUCUAGAGCAGGAAAUUCCUCAGAGUGUACCUGGAGUGCAAACCUUAUUAGGAGCUGGAAGACAGUCUUUGCUUCGCACAAAUAAAAGUUGCAAACAUGUUGUGUGGAAGGGAUCUGCUCUUGCUGCAUUACAUUGUGGAAGGCCUCCAGAGUCACCAAUAAACUAUGGCAGCCCACCUAGCAUAGCGGACACCCUUUUUUCAAGAAAACUAAAUGGAAAAUACAGACUUGAACAACUUGUUCCAACUGCUGUGUAUCAACAUAUGAAAAUGCACAAACGAAUUCUAGGACACUUAUCUUCUGUAUACUGUGUAACUUUUGAUCGGACUGGCAGACGGAUAUUUACCGGUUCUGAUGAUUGCCUUGUAAAAAUCUGGGCAACAGAUGAUGGAAGGUUGUUGGCAACUUUAAGAGGACAUGCAGCUGAAAUAUCUGACAUGGCUGUGAACUAUGAGAACACCAUGAUUGCUGCAGGGAGCUGUGAUAAAAUGAUCAGAGUUUGGUGUCUUCGAACAUGUGCACCCUUAGCAGUUUUGCAGGGUCACAGUGCAUCCAUAACAUCACUACAGUUUUCUCCAUUAUGCAGUGGAUCAAAGAGAUAUCUGUCUUCAACUGGAGCAGAUGGAACAAUAUGUUUUUGGCUGUGGGAUGCUGGCACCCUUAAAAUAAAUCAGAGGCCAACAAAGUUUAUGGAACGUCCUCGCCCUGGAGUUCAAAUGAUCUGUUCUUCUUUUAGUGCUGGCGGAAUGUUUCUGGCCACUGGAAGUACAGAUCACAUCAUUAGGGUUUAUUUCUUUGGAUCAGGUCAGCCAGAGAAGAUAUCAGAGUUGGAGUUUCAUACUGACAAAGUUGACAGCAUUCAGUUUUCUAACACUAGUAACAGGUUUGUGAGUGGAAGCCGUGAUGGGACAGCACGCAUAUGGCAAUUUAAACGAAGGGAGUGGAAGAGUAUUUUGUUAGAUAUGGCUACUCGUCCAACAGGACAAAGUGUACAAGGAGUAGAAGACAAAAUCACAAAACUGAAAGUAACUAUGGUGGCUUGGGACCGCCAUGACAACUCUGUUAUAACUGCAGUUAAUAACAUGACUCUGAAGGUUUGGAAUUCUUUCACUGGGCAGCUUAUUCAUGUCCUUAUGGGACAUGAGGAUGAAGUGUUUGUACUUGAGCCUCACCCAUUUGAUCCUAGAGUUCUCUUCUCUGCUGGCCAUGAUGGAAACGUCAUCGUUUGGGAUUUGGCCAGAGGGGUCAAAAUUCGAUCUUACUUCAACAUGAUUGAAGGACAAGGACACGGGGCAGUUUUUGACUGCAAGUGCUCUCCUGAUGGCCAGCAUUUUGCAUGUACAGACUCUCACGGGCACCUUCUGAUUUUUGGCUUUGGCUCCAGUAGCAAAUAUGAUAAGAUAGCAGAUCAGAUGUUCUUUCACAGUGAUUAUCGACCCCUUAUCCGAGAUGCCAACAACUUUGUCUUAGAUGAACAGACACAGCAGGCUCCACAUCUCAUGCCUCCCCCAUUUUUGGUUGAUGUUGAUGGCAACCCUCAUCCAUCAAGAUACCAGAGAUUAGUUCCAGGUCGUGAGAACUGCAGGGAUGAGCAGCUUAUUCCACAGAUGGGGGUGACUUCCUCAGGACUGAACCAAGUACUGAGUCAACAAGCAAAUCAGGAAGUUAGUCCGUUGGACAGUAUGAUACAGAGACUUCAGCAAGAACAAGAUCAGAGACGUUCUGGGGAGGCAGGCACCAGCAAUACUAGCCGGAUAGGAAGAAGCUCUGUAAGCUCUACCUCAGAAGUACAUUCACCACCAAAUAUAGGAUUAAGGCGCAGUGGGCAAAUUGAGGGCGUGCGACAGAUGCAUAGCAACGCACCACGAAGUGAAAUAGCCACUGAGCGGGACCUCGUGGCUUGGAGUCGAAGGGUUGUGGUACCUGAGCUGUCACCAGGGGUAGCCAGUAGACAGGAGGAAUGGAGAACAGCAAAGGGAGAAGAAGAAAUAAAGAUUUAUAGAUCAGAAGAGAAAAAGAAGCACAUUACAACUCAUGCUCCAAGAGAGAACAAAAUACCUUCUUUCUCUAAGAAUCAUUCUCAUGAUCAUAUAUUAGAUACUGGAGACUCAAGAAAGCAACAGGCAAACCAGCACAAUUACCGUACCAGAUAUGCAUUGGAAGAAACUGCCAGGCCUGCUGAAGAGUUAGAAAAUGGAAACAGUUCUUCAGAUGAAGGAGAAGCAGUUGUUGCCAGUGGCGGAACAUCAGAAGAUGAAGAGAAAGCAUGGCACAGUGAUGGCAGUUCUAGUGAAUAUUCCAGUGAUUACUCGGACUGGACCGCAGAUGCAGGAAUUAAUCUGCAGCCACCAAAGAAAAUUCCUAAACUUAAAACCAAGAAAACAGAGAGCAGUUCAGAGGAUGAAGAGGGGAUUGAAAAACAGAAACAGAAGCAAAUUAAAAAGGAAAGGAAAAAAGGGAAUGAAGAUAAAGAUGGAUCAACAACAUCACCAAAGAAAAGGAAACCCAAAGAGAGAAAAAAAAAGAGGUUGGCUGUGGGAGUUUUGGCAGAAAAUGGCUUGACGUUGGAAGAAUGGCUGCCUUCAGCAUGGAUUACAGAUACUAUUCCUCGCCGGUGUCCGUUUGUGCCACAAAUGGGUGAUGAGGUUUACUAUUUCCGACAAGGUCAUGAAGCGUAUGUUGUAAUGGCUAAAAAGAAUAAAAUAUAUAGCAUUAAUCCAAAAAAACAGCCGUGGCAUAAAAUGGAGCUACGGGAACAAGAGCUGAUGAAAAUAGUUGGGAUUAAAUAUGAAGUGGGAUUGCCUACUCUCUGCUGUCUUAAACUUGCUUUUCUUGACCCAGAUACUGGUAAACUGACUGGAGGAUCAUUCACCAUGAAGUACCAUGAUAUGCCAGAUGUUAUAGAUUUCCUAGUCUUGCGGCAGCAGUUUGAUGAUGCAAAACAUAGACGAUGGAAUAUAGGUGAUCGUUUCAGGUCAGUAAUAGAUGACGCCUGGUGGUUUGGAACAAUUGAAAGCCAGGAACCUCUACAGCCCGAAUAUCCUGACAGUUUAUUUCAGUGCUACAAUGUCUGUUGGGACAAUGGUGACACUGAGAAGAUGAGUCCUUGGGAUAUGGAGCUCAUACCAAAUAAUGCUGUGUUUCCUGAAGAGCUGGGAACUAGUGUUCCUUUAACUGAUGUUGAAUGCCGAACAUUGAUCUACAAACCUCUGGAUGGAGAAUGGGGUUCCAGAACCCGGGAUGAGGAAUGUGACAGAAUUAUUGCAGGGAUAAACCAGCUCAUGACUCUAGAUAUUGCUUCUGCAUUUGUGGCACCUGUGGAUCUCCAGGCUUAUCCAAUGUAUUGCACUGUUGUGGCAUAUCCCACAGAUCUCAGUACCAUUAAACAAAGACUGGAAAGCAGAUUUUACAGGCGGCUUUCUUCACUUAUGUGGGAAGUUCGGUACAUAGAACAUAAUACACGCACAUUCAAUGAACCAGGAAGCCCUAUUGUUAAAUCUGCCAAAUUCGUUACAGAUCUUCUGCUACACUUCAUAAAAGACCAAGCUUGCUAUGAUAUAAUUCCAUUAUAUAAUACAAUGAAGAAGAAAGUCUUGUCUGACUCUGAUGAGGAAGAAGAGAAAGAUACAAACGUGCCAGGGACGUCCACUAGAAAAAGAAAGGAUCAUCAACCCAAGCGGAGGCUGCGCAACAGAGCACAGUCAUAUGAUGUUCAGGCGUGGAAAAGACAAUGCCAGGAGUUGUUAAAUCUUAUUUUUCAGUGUGAGGACUCUGAACCUUUUCGCCAACCAGUGGAUCUCCUUGAAUAUCCAGAUUACAGAGAUAUUAUUGACACACCGAUGGAUUUUGCGACAGUUAGAGAAACUCUGGAAGCUGGCAAUUAUGAGUCUCCAAUGGAAUUAUGUAAAGAUGUGAGACUUAUUUUCAGCAACUCUAAAGCUUACACACCAAGCAAAAGAUCAAGGAUUUACAGCAUGAGUUUGCGCCUUUCUGCUUUCUUUGAGGAACAUAUAAGUUCCGUUUUAUCAGAUUAUAAAUCUGCUCUGCGCUUUCAUAAAAGAAACACAAUGAAGAAACGAAGGAGGAAAAGAAGAAGAAGCAGCAGUUCUGUUUCCAGUAGUGCUGCAUCAAGCCCUGAAAGGAAGAGAAGGUUAAUAAAACCUCAGUUGAAGGCAGAAACCUCUGCCGCCUCAUCAUCUUCAGUUCCUGUACGUUCAACAGCACUGAGACACAUUGCUGCUCAGAUGAAUGGAAAAGCAGCUGAAUCUUCCUCUUUGGUGCGGACUAGAAGUAAUAGGGGGAUAACAGAUACAGCUGUUACAGAACAACCGUCCACUUCUUCAGGAGGAAAACCUUUAAUUACAAAACCUAAUACUACUACCGUGUCAGGGAAAACAAUAUUGGAGAAUUCCACCAAACAUUCCAAGAACCUGAAUAUUCUAUCAAUUCCUAGCCAAUCCAGUUACAGCCACAACACUAGGAAUAACUCUUCAAGAGAAAAUGUGGAGAAAGAUAAACAAAUCAAGCGUAAAAUGAAAUCAUCCACUAUUAAUCAGCAAGCAGACUGCAAAAAUAAUGCUUUGGCAUCAGGAAGCAUUCAGGUAAAUGGACACGGAGGGCAACCUUCAAAACCUCCAGUUAAAAGAGGGCCUGCACGGAAACCGAAGAUAGAGGCUAAUAGCAGUACAUGUGAAGUAGUGCACAAGAAAAGAGGUAGAAAACCAAAAAAGUUACAAAUUGCUGAACAGAUGAAUGCAGAGCAGAAUCCAGUCCAGACCACCAGGGACAUGGUAAUAGAAGAACCCUCAGUUUCUAGUGCAUGCAAUUCUCUUUCUGAAAAUAAUGUGAAGGAAGCUGUAUUACAAAAAAAAGGUCGUGGAGGCAGAAAGCCAAAAAGAAAGACACAGACACGUCAACCAGACUCAGACCUUAUAGUCCCUGCGAAUGUUAAGAUGCAGACAAGAAGCAGGAGGAAAAGAACGGAUGAGCCUGUAGAAGAAGUAGUGUGUGAGGAACUGAAAGAUUCUGAACCUCACAUGAGAACUAGAAACCAGGGUAGGAGGACAGCCUUUUACAAUGAAGAUGACUCUGAAGAAGAGCAAAGGCAGCUAUUAUUUGAAGACACCUCUUUAACUUUUGGAACGUCUAGCAGAGGCAGAGUCCGAAAGUUGACUGAAAAAGCAAAGGCUAAUUUGAUUGGCUGGUAACUGUUACCAAACAUAUUCCUUAGAAUGCUAUGAAGCAGGUACAGUUAAGGAGUGAGCAGAAACAAAGACUUCUGCUCCCCUGCUGCUAUUAUGGAUUAGAAGAAUAUGUUGUGAUUUGAAAAAAUUAGCAAAAAAGAAAACGGAGAGAACACUUCUUUGAAACAAAUAUAUAUUUUAAACUUUUGCUAUUUAUU